CUGUAUGAGCCCUUGUGGGAUGAGCUCCUGGCACAGGCAACCCGCCACCGAUUCCACAUUCGAAGCAUCUGGAUCGCCGACAGCACCAAUAUGGGCGUCAGUGGUGUCCUAAACGAGGACAAGCUCAGCACCGACUGUAGGUCUCCGGCUGUACCGGGAGGCAAGGACAAGGCAUAACAUAACCCUUCCAGGCUCGUGGAUGGACCACUCGCGCGAUCUUCUGCUGCUGAUCAACCACUUUCGGGAUCAGAUGCCUCGUCCGCUGGUCGGCAUCGGCCACAGCUAUGGCGGAAGCAUCAUGUGGGUGUUUUCUCUCGCAAGCCUCAUCCUCCUUGACUAACAGACCGUUCGAUAGCACGAACCUGGCAUAUAUCCACCCCCGGCUCUUCACCACCCUCCUCCUUCUCGACCCGGUCAUCCAACCCAGCUUACCCCCCAUGGGCUUCGGCACCGACACUACCGGAACCAUCAACUUCAGUCUCUGGCGACAAGAUGUCUGGCCUUCUCGCGCAGCAGCGGUUCAGGCACACCACACCCUCCUGAGAUCCUGGGAUCCCCGCUGCGCAGAACGCAUGAUCCAAUACGCCCUCCGCGAUCUCCCCACCCCGCUGUACCCCAACGCCCAUGCGGCAACCGAUUCCACGACCAACCCUACUGAAUCCCCAGUCACCUUAACCACAACCAAGUACCACGACGUACUGGCCCAGAUGCGACAGAAUUUCUCGGCCCGAACUGUAAAAGACCGGAUUGAAGUCGAUCGCACCACGCAUGCGGACCUGGACACCCGAAUUGUGUCCGUCCCGGUAUAUCGCCCAGAGCCGCCAAUUAUUUACUAUCGACUUCCCACCCUCCGGCCCUCGUGCCUCUGGGUAAUAGGUGCGAAAACCUAUCUCGGGCUUGACGAGAUGCGCGAGGGGAUCAGGACCUGUGGGACCGGUGUGGGGGGAAGCGGUGGCAUGGCUCAGGGGCGUGUAAAGGAAGUGAUCCUGCCUGGAUCGGGGCAUCUGUUUCCUUUCCAGGAGGUUGGGCGGUCCGCCGAGACUUGUGCGGCGUGGUUGGAGACCGAGAUGGAACGGUAUCGGAUGGCCGAAAAGGGGUGGCAGGAGCAAAGACAGUUGAUGUCCAAGCGGGACCAUCUGGUCCUACCGGACGAAUGGUUUAAGGUGCUGAAGCCUCCUCGGGCAUCUCGGUCGAAGAAGGCGAGAUUAUAGAUAAACACCGGGACGGUACAGCAUGAAUGGCAUACAACU